CUUCGUGCGGUAGGGCUCGGUCGCGCGGCGGCUGUAGCCGAGGCCUUUUGGUUCUGCGGCACGUGACGGUCGGGCCGCCUCCGCCGCUGUCUCUACUGCAGCGAGGGGCCAGGUGUGCGGGUGGGAGAAGGCGCAGGCACCGCCGGUGGUCCCCGGGAGGCUCGAGGUCUUUUUUCCCAGGACCUGAAGUCACAUUUAUGUUGAUGAAAAGAAGAAACUGGACUCUAUUAACUGUUGGGCAUGACAGAAGCUAUUGCUGGUUGAGGGAAGUUAAACUAAGCUGAAUAUUAAAAGCUUGAGAGGACAAAGAUUAUGGAAGGAAAGUGGUUACUAUGUGUUUUUCUGGUCCUUGGAGCUACUGUCAUUCAGGCUCAUGAUGGGCAUGAAGAUGAUAUGAUUGAUAUUGAGGAUGACCUUGAUGAUGUCAUUGAAGAGGUAGAAGACUCAUCAAAAUCAGAUACCAGUACCCCUCCGUCUCCAAAGGUUACUUACAAAGCUCCGGUUCCAACAGGAGAAGUUUAUUUUGCUGAUUCCUUUGACAGAGGAUCUCUGUCAGGGUGGAUUUUAUCCAAAGCCAAGAAAGAUGACACUGAUGAUGAAAUUGCCAAAUAUGAUGGAAAGUGGGAAGUAGAUGAAAUGAAGGAAACAAAGCUUCCGGGUGAUAAAGGACUUGUACUGAUGUCUCGAGCAAAGCAUCAUGCCAUCUCUGCUAAACUGAAUAAGCCCUUCCUAUUUGAUACCAAGCCUCUCAUUGUUCAGUACGAGGUUAAUUUCCAAAAUGGAAUAGAAUGUGGAGGUGCUUAUGUGAAACUGCUUUCCAAAACACCAGAACUCAACUUGGAUCAAUUCCACGACAAGACCCCCUAUACAAUUAUGUUUGGUCCAGAUAAAUGUGGAGAGGAUUAUAAAUUACACUUCAUCUUCCGCCACAAAAACCCUAAGACGGGUGUGUAUGAAGAAAAGCACGCUAAGAGACCAGAUGCAGAUCUGAAGACCUACUUUACUGAUAAGAAAACACAUCUUUACACAUUAAUCUUGAAUCCAGAUAAUAGUUUUGAAAUACUAGUUGACCAGUCUGUUGUGAAUAGUGGAAAUCUGCUGAAUGAUAUGACUCCAGCUGUAAAUCCUUCACGAGAAAUUGAGGACCCAGAAGACCGGAAACCUGAGGACUGGGAUGAAAGACCCAAAAUCCCAGAUCCUGAUGCCGUGAAGCCAGAUGACUGGGAUGAAGAUGCUCCUGCUAAAAUUCCAGAUGAAGAGGCCACUAAACCAGAAGGGUGGUUAGAUGAUGAGCCUGAAUAUAUACCUGAUCCAGAUGCAGAGAAGCCAGAGGAUUGGGAUGAGGACAUGGACGGAGAAUGGGAGGCUCCUCAGAUUGCCAACCCUAAAUGUGAGUCAGCCUCUGGGUGUGGUGUCUGGCAGCGACCAAUGAUUGACAACCCCAAUUAUAAGGGCAAGUGGAAGCCUCCCAUGAUUGACAAUCCUAACUACCAGGGAAUCUGGAAACCCCGGAAAAUACCAAAUCCAGAUUUCUUUGAAGAUCUGGAGCCUUUCAGAAUGACUCCUUUUAGUGCUAUUGGUUUGGAGCUGUGGUCCAUGACUUCUGACAUUUUUUUUGACAACUUUAUCAUUAGUGGUGAUCGAAGAGUAGUUGAUGAUUGGGCCAACGAUGGAUGGGGCCUGAAGAAAGCAGCCGAUGGGGCUGCCGAGCCAGGCGUAGUGGGGCAGAUGCUCGAGGCAGCUGAGGAGCGCCCAUGGCUCUGGGUGGUCUACAUUUUGACUGUUGCUCUUCCUGUGUUCCUUGUUAUUCUCUUCUGCUGUUCUGGAAAGAAACAGUCUAGUGCUAUGGAGUACAAGAAGACUGAUGCUCCUCAACCAGAUGUGAAGGAAGAAGAAGAGAAGGAAGAGGAGAAGGACAAGGGAGAUGAAGAGGAGGAAGGUGAAGAGAAACUUGAAGAGAAACAAAAAAGUGAUGCUGAAGAAGAUGGGGGCACUGUCAGUCAAGAGGAGGAAGACAGAAAACCUAAAGCAGAGGUAAAAGAGGAUGAAAUUUUGAACAGAUCACCGAGAAACAGAAAGCCACGAAGAGAGUGAAACAAUCUUAAGAACUUGAUAUGUGAUGUUUCUUUCCCUCCCCUUCCCUUGCAAGUGUGUGGUCCUAGGAGAGGACCUGGUAUACCUUAGGUUGAAACUCAGAAAACCUCAAGACAUCACCAUCCACAGGUUCCAGCUGAACACUAGUCCAUGUAAUUUUAAACAUCUAGCAGUAAAUAAUUGCAGUUGUGACAUAAAGGACCCUGUUUCUGUAGAAAAGACAACAUUUAACAUAAUGGUUGUGAAAUGUAACAUGAAACAACUAACUUGUAUUUUUGUUUUGUUUUAAAACAAGCUUUUUUUUUUUUAAUAGAAUGAUAGAAUUUUGUCAGUCUAAAAUAUUGGCUUAAUUUAAUAUAUUAAUUUGUCCAUGCAGAAAUAACACCAACAUUUAGAAAUGCUGUGGGGAUGAAUUGCAUUUUUUUGUAACAAAAAUUUUUUUAAAGUUUGGUAUUAGAAAACAUUCAAGUGUCUCUGUCCCUUAAAAUUGAUAAUCAUGUUUAAAGUGCAGUCAUUUGUGGUUAUAAUUUUGUUUUGCUUGCUUCCAUUACUCAAUUCCUCCUAAGGAAAUUGAAGAGAGGGAUUGGAUGGAAGCCCAAAUUUAUAUAAAGAUUCCGUUUAAGUUGUAUUAAAAAUAGUCAUACAAAAAGAAAAAAAAAGCCUUUCACUUGAUGUUGGUUAGACCAUAAAGUGCAUGUGUUCUGUUGCUCUUGGAACUGCUCAGUUCCCAGACAGCUUUGCAGUUAGUGGAAGAGGUGGCUUAAUGCAAACUUGGGCAUUCGUACUGCACACACAGGGAGUCUCUGGGCUCUGACCUUCUGGAGCAGGUGGCUUUUUAAGGAACUCUGGCAGGGCAUGUGAGCUCCAGAAUAGAUGUUUCCAUCAUUGUUCCACUGUGUUGACACUGUUUUCCUUACCUAAUUCCCCUAAUUCCCAGCUUUCUCCUCUGCUAUGCAUUUUCUUCACAGAGCAGCUUGACGUCUGUUGCUGAAAAUUAUUAUAAAGCUCUGCAUAGUGUUAAGCUUUGUUGUGAUUAGGUGUAUGUUUCUUGUUUUUUGUUUUUUGUUUUUUUUUUAAAGCAGACCCACACCUUUCCAGGGUCAAAAUGCAGGAUAGAAUACAGACUUUAAUUUUUAUCCAUGUCUUUUACUUUGUGUAAAGAUUUUAGAAGUCAAAUCCAAAGGCGGGCCAAUUCAGAAUUGACUGUAAUUGAACACAGGCUAAAAGUAUUUAUGGGAGGAGUGACAUAUAGCAUGAGCUACCUGAUUUUUGUAAAAUAUUUUAAGUCUUCAUUUUCAAUUUAUGUAACUGUUGUCUUACAUUUACACAAUAAAGCAGCCCUGUUCAAUUUUUUUUUUCUUUAA